ACCGCACCGGAGCUCGCACAGCGAAGGAACAAAGGAGAGGAGCUCGAGAGGUCAACGAGGAGCAGCAGGAAGGAAGGGUGAGGUCUCCUUCCUCCUCCUAUAAACCCACCGCACCCGCCUUCCGGAAUCCCAUUUUCUCACCCGGGAGCUGCAAUUUCUACCUGCUUCGUAAGUCCAGCUUUGAAUUGUUCAUUUACGACCUUUUCUUCCCGAGUUCUAUCAUAUUCGUUGAAACAAGAACACCAUUUGAGGGUUUCAUGGUUGUCCCAUAGAUCAAUUCCUCGUUGGAUGAUGAUAGUUCCAUCAGAUAGAAGGCCAUAUUGAAGUAGAAUCCGGGCAGUGUUGAAUCUGAAUGGAAGGUGAAAUGAGAAGAACUUUGGAAACCGCCAUGAAAGCUUCUUCAUCAAUGGCAAGCGGCACAUCGGCCCCUGACCAACAGAUUGCUAGGUCCAAUCCCAUGGAGCAGUUUUAUUUUUCAAGGCCUAGUCAAUCUUUCCCAGGCUUCCCUCCAUUCUUUGGGGCUCCAUCUUCUAGUUUGUAUCUUCCUAAUGACAACGAAGCUAAAGUUGGGAACCAGUUUGAAUCAAAUCCUUCACUAAAUAAUUUUCUAACAGAUUGGGACCCUCAGGCAAUGGUGAGCAACCUAUCCUUCCUUGAGCAGAAGAUCAAGCAGGUAAAAGAUAUUGUACUGUCCAUGAGUAGUCGAGAGAACCAAGUUGCUGGCGGUUCCUGUGAGCUAGCAGCAAAGCAGCAGCUCAUAACUGCUGAUCUCACCAGCAUUAUAAUCCAGCUUAUCUCAACAGCUGGUUCCCUGCUCCCUUCAAUGAAAAACCCGCUUCUUAGCAGCAAUCUAGCAAUCAGGCAGCUUGGCAACUCUCUUGGUUCUCCAAUGGGCUUCGGCAUGAAUGCUAAUCAGCGACCAAGCACAGACAGCAAGACCACUAUUCCUGACAUUGGCAAGACCACUGAUUAUGAGGAACUGAUGAAUAGCCUUGAUACUAAUCAAGAUGAAAGAGAUGAGCUGAUCAAAUGCCCAAAUCCUUGUGGUGGGGAAGGGUCUGAACCGACUCCGAUGGAUGACCAUGAUGUGAAGGAGAGUGAUGAUGGUGGUGAGGGAGAGAAUCUCCCGCCUGGUUCGUAUGUAGUCUUGCAACUGGAAAAGGAGGAGAUUUUAGCACCACAUACUCAUUUCUGCUUGAUUUGUGGCAAGGGUUUCAAAAGAGAUGCUAACUUAAGGAUGCACAUGAGAGGACAUGGAGACGAGUACAAGACUGCCGCAGCCCUGGCCAAACCCACCAAAGAUUCUGGUUCAGAGCAUGCACCGGUAACAAGGUACUCGUGCCCAUUUGUGGGUUGCAAGCGGAACAAAGAGCACAAGAAGUUCCAGCCUCUCAAGACAAUCUUGUGUGUGAAGAACCACUACAAGAGGAGCCACUGCGACAAGAGCUACACUUGCAGCCGGUGCAACACCAAAAAGUUUUCUGUCAUCGCAGACUUGAAGACUCAUGAGAAGCACUGUGGGCGAGACAAGUGGCUCUGUUCCUGUGGCACAACCUUCUCAAGGAAAGACAAGCUUUUUGGGCAUGUUGCUCUUUUCCAAGGCCACACACCUGCACUCCCAAUGGAUGAUGUCAAAGUAACAGAGGCAUCGGAGCAACCUCAGGGCAGCGAGCCGAUGAAUGAAAUAGCAAGGACCAUGGGGUAUAACAUCUCCUGCAGCUCGUCUGAUGGUAUCUCGAACCUCGACAUGAAAGUGGCUGAUGAUCCACGUGGUUAUUUCUCACCAUUGAGCUUCGAUCCUUGCUUUGGUGCGCUUGAUGACUUCACUCGCCCUGGAUUUGACAUCUCCGAGAAUCCCUUCUCCUUCCUUCCAUCAUGAUCAUGCAGUUUUGGGCAACAAAACAGAGGCAGCUGAUGGAGGUCUCCGCUGAUGACGACGACAAUGGCCUUGGCGACCUUUAUGUAUGUUUAUGGACGAUGCUAGUCUCGUUUGUCCUCUGUUCAAGGAGUCAUGUUAGGUUAUGCCUUUUUCUAAAGUGUACUCCAUUUGGUGGUCAUCAAUAAUGAUCAAGCACUUUUAUCAUUCCAUAUAGAAUGAGAUAGCCCCAAUUGUGUUA